CCCCAAUUUUCUUUUUUCUCCCCGCAGGGCAGGAUUUUCCCCCGCUUUCCCCAUUUUCUCCGUAUUUUAUUCGAUUUCGAGGUCGAUUUUUCGGGUGCAGAGACUGCGGGGGGAAGGUCACGUCCAACCGCCGCGAGCCGCGCAUGUGAACUGUGCCCCCCGACGAGGCGCGCAGGUGCGGCGCGCCGAGGCGAGGCGAGGAGCGCUGCGCGUGGGAUUCGGCUAGGGUUUCGCCGGCCCACCGCGAGAUGGACGGCCGGGACCAGCACCAGCACCAGCAGCAGGCGCAGGCGGCGCCACGCGUGGGGUCUCCGCCGCAGCCUGGCGGCGGGGGCGGCGGCGGCGUCAUGAUGCAGCACGCCGGGGCGUUCGGAGCCGCGGCCCCGCCCGGGAUGCCGCCGGGCGCCGCGAACGUUAUGCACGGGAUGCCGCUUGCCUUCAACCCCAUGGCGUCGCCGGGCGCCUCGUCGCCCAUGAAGCCCGCCGACGUGUCGCCGGGGGCCAUGUACCGCCCCGAUUCCGCCGCGCCGGGCAUGCAGCCGCAGCCCCAGCAGCAGCAGCAGCACCCCGGUGCCGGCGGAGGCGGCGCCGUCGCCGGCGGCAGCAGCGGGGAGCUCGUGAAGAAGAAGAGGGGAAGGCCGAGGAAGUACGGCCCGGACGGGACCAUCGGCCUGGGGCUCAAGCCCGCGGCCGCGACGGGCGCUGAGGCCGGCGGGCAGUCCGGCGGAGGCGGCUCCAACUCCAACCCCGACGGGAAGCGCAGGGGGCGUCCCCCCGGAUCCGGCAAAAAGAAACAGCUCGACGCUUUGGGAUCGUCAGGGACAUCAUUUACUCCCCACAUAAUAACCGUGAAGCCUAACGAGGAUGUUGCUUCAAAAAUAAUGGCCUUUUCACAACAAGGCCCACGCACUACAUGUAUAAUUUCAGCAAAUGGUGCUCUCUGCACAGCAACACUCCGUCAACCAGCAACCUCUGGUGGCAUAGUGACAUAUGAGGGCCACUUCGAUAUACUCUCUCUGUCGGGCUCAUUCCUGCUUGCAGAGGAUGGUGACACUCGCAGCAGAACAGGUGGUUUGAGUGUGGCACUUGCUGGAAGCGAUGGGCGCAUAGUUGGAGGUUGUGUCGCUGGAAUGCUGAUGGCGGCGACACCUGUACAGGUUGUAGUUGGCAGUUUCAUCGCUGAAGGUAAAAAGCCAAAGGAAGAGCAGCAACCAAAACGUGAGCCAACUUCUGUGCCACUGCACGCGCCCGGCUUUGGGGCCACCUCGACUGCCAGUCCCCCAUCUGACGGAACAUCAAGCGAGCACUCUGAUGAUCCAGGGAGCCCCAUGGGACCUAACGGCAGCACGUUCGCUAACACGGGGCAUCCCCUGCAUUCCACAUUUGCUCCGGUUGGCUGGUCACUGUCCGGCAACCAAGGCCGCUACGAUCCCGACCUAAAGAUGAUGACCGACUGAUGGCUGCCGUUUUACAGCGUUGUUGUUAGCAGUUGACCUAGUUGAGUAGGGCUCAGGCCUUCCUGCACCGGUUCCACCAGCAGCAGCGUCGGACAAUAAACCCGGAAUGCUAGAAGUGAUAAAGCCCCAAGGAAUGAGUAGAUCACGAGUAAUAAGUAGCACCAGUGCAUGCCUUUGCCAUGUUAUUAUGCAGUAGCUAGUUGUUUGUAUCUGUAUGGUUUCACUGUCACGUGUUUAUGCAGCCUGCCUUCUGGUUUCUACUUGUAUCAGUGUAGUGCUACGUUUCCCAUGUCCAUGGAUUGGUAUUUUUUCCCCUUGCAUCGUUGUGUGCCAUUGUUCA